GCAGGAAGAACGUUCUCUCGCAGGGGCUCGCACUGAUCCAAGUUAGGAGCUUUCAGCUGCCAGCCUUGGCCCAUCAUGUAAGUGCUGCGGAGAAUUCUUUGCAGUGCAAUUGCAGAAAUUACCUGUUACCUGACGCCUGCGGGGGCCGUGCAAUCACACCGGCGCUCUGUGCACGGACACGCACGCUCCGGACGCAAAAAGGCUCCAAGUGCAUGAAGAUCGAGGCUUGUAUUUUGCAUCUUUGUUGCAAAAAAGCAAGCCGCUGAAGCUCCAUUGCGAGGGCGAUGGAGGGAGGGAGUGAGAAAGAAGGCAAAGUCUUUUGUGCUUCCCCUCCCCCUCAUCAAAGCAAAGGGGAAAUGUCUCAGCCAAAGGGAGGUAAGAGGAAGACGCUGCUCAAGCUCCCCAAGGAGGUGUUUGAGCAGCCUCCUCCCACAGCAGUACCCCCCAGAGAUUUGGAUUCGAAAGCUUGUGUAACUAUCGGAGAGAAGAACUUCGAGGUGAAGGCCGAUGACCUGGAGCAGAUCUGCGAGCUGGGCCGGGGGGCGUACGGCGUGGUGGAGAAGAUGAGGCACGUGCCCAGUGGCCUGAUCAUGGCUGUGAAGCGGAUCCGGGCCACCGUGAACACUCAGGAGCAGAAGAGGCUGCUCAUGGAUCUGGACAUCUCCAUGAGGACCGUGGACUGUUACUACACCGUCACCUUCUACGGAGCGCUCUUCAGAGAGGGCGAUGUCUGGAUCUGCAUGGAGCUGAUGGACACCUCCCUGGACAAGUUCUACAAGCAGGUGAUCGAGAAGGGAAUGAGCAUCCCCGAGGACAUCCUGGGAAAGAUCGCCGUCUCCAUAGUAAAAGCUUUGGAGCAUCUGCACAGCAAUCUGCAAGUCAUACACAGAGACGUGAAGCCCUCCAACGUGCUGAUCAACACGCAGGGCCAGGUGAAGAUGUGCGACUUCGGCAUCAGCGGCUACCUGGUGGACUCCGUGGCCAAAACCAUGGACGCCGGUUGCAAACCCUACAUGGCACCAGAGAGGAUCAACCCCGAGACCAACCAGAAGGGCUACAGCGUUAAAUCUGACAUCUGGAGUCUGGGAAUCACCAUGAUCGAGCUCGCCAUCCUGCGCUUCCCGUACGACUCGUGGGGCACGCCCUUCCAGCAGCUGAAGCAGGUGGUGGAGGAACCCUCGCCCCAGCUUCCUGCAGAACAGUUCUCCCCCGACUUUGUGGACUUCUCCUCCCUGUGCUUAAAGAAAGUUUCAAAAGAGCGGCCGACUUACACAGAACUCAUGCAACAUCCCUUCUUCACCUCCCAUGAGGCCAAAGAAACUGACGUGGCUAGCUUUGUGAAAAUCAUCUUGGGAGACUGAGUGGCCACAGAAGGAAGGGAAUAUCUGUUAAUAAGAAGAAAUACAAACAAACAAAAAAGCACCAAUCGCAGCCUCUGUUACCUGCAGCCUGCUCUCACCCCUCCCUCCAGAAAGGAGCAUCAGAAGGAGACGCUGACUCGGCAUAGAGAGGAGUUUGCCCCCAUUAUGUCCUCUCUUCAUUAUCUGACACGGGAAGGGUGGGGGAGACGGGUUCCUCACACAUAAUCUGGAAUAAUUUAAGAUAUCUGUAUGCCCCUGUGCACCGCCUACUUCUCAUACAGUCUUUUUGCUAGUGAAAAGAGGUGCAGAUUAUAUUAAAAAAAAAAGAUGAAUGAUAUAAUGCUAUCUAUGUAUAAUCUAAAUGUUUGUAUACUCAAAGCAAGUGUUGCAUCGGUUUAUUCAUUGACUGCAUGUACAGAAUAUAUCUCUGGGGGAAAAUAGGAGGAACAGUUGCAGAGUCCGACAGUCGGAUAUAUGCAGAUUUGCGACCUUCGCUUCAAGGCCCGAAAUAGGUACUACACACCAACUGCUUUCCCUAGAUUACAAAGCGUAUGUGUGUGUGUGUGUGUGCGUGUGCGUGUGCGUGUGUGUGUGUGUGUGUGGGGCUGCACGAUUUUGGGUGAAAUCUAUUUUUAGGUUGGGAUAAGGAUUUACUCUCACUAUUCUGAGGGUAACAUUGUAUUUAAAUGUUUCCUCUGCAGCCUCAUCAUACAUUAUGCUCCUGUUAUUUAUGAUUUUGGGGGCAGAAUUAUUGUGUCAUUUUCAUACCAGGUAGCCUACAUUCAUUUUGUCGUAGUGCUUUGAUGCUAGCAAAGCAUUAGCACCUGCUAAUUGUGCUAAUAUCUGAAACACUCGGUUUUUCCAAGUAUAUGUAAAAAUGGUUUGAAACUUUGACUUAACACAGUAACUUCAUUAAUUCUGACACUUUACAUGUUACAACAUUUGUAAAACAAUCCCCAAUGGUAAUGAGUUUAGGGAAAACUAGCAGCGCUUAGCUUGUUGCAGCUAAUGCCCCCGCUAAUGCUAAGAUACGAGUGAAAUGAGAUCCUGUUCCUGGCGAAAUUCUGGAAACCCGUUAAAUCAUGCAGCCCUACUUUGCUCACACACUUAAAAGUGAUUUAUAUAUGAGGUGUGUGUUGACAUUGGUCAGUUGUGGAAGAAUAUUGCCCAUUUUCUCCUUGUUGUCUGUACUGAGCCAAUCACAACCCUCUCCCCUCCAUGUUCAACAUGAAAAGAACUGGACAUUAUUAUUAAUAUUAUAUUAAUUAUUUGUAUUAUUUAGAUCCAGGGUUUUGUCCCCAGAUAUAUUUACUGCAGUUUCUCUUAUUUAUUACAACUGCUGUUUUCCGUUUGAAAACUUGAGCGAUUCUUUGGAGACUUCUCUUGUGUGUUUGUUUUUGUCGUGUUCUUCUUGGCUCAAACACGUAAAUGCUUUGUAACUUUAAAUGUAACUUGCAAUCCUUCUAUGUGCCUCUCCCAUCAUAUCCUCCCUCUUCACCUGGCAUCAUAAUUCCACUUCCUGUUUGCUUUUAUUACUCUGCGUUUCUCGUCAGUAUUGAGAAAAAAGAAGAAGAGUAAACUCUUCUUUGUUGUUGCCUUGGCUUUUUCCUCAUGGUGGUGUCUGAUGGCAGGAAGUGUCAGGCUGCAUCCACAAAGCUCAACGUGUGGUUGUUGUAAUGUGAUGACAAAGUGGGAAACUUUAAAUACUGUAAGCGACAGGAUGGCAGGGUAUUGUCACAGUUGGAUGUUGUGGAUCAUCUUCUUGCCUAUAAAUAUUUUGUUACCAGGUUAUCCCUUGGUGUUUUGUGCAUUAGUGUUUUUAUGUCUCCUGUCAAUUUUUUGCUGAGUUUAGUUAAAGUUGUGUGGUUAAUGCUGAAAGUCUCGAUUUGGGAUUUAAAAUAGGAAAAAGUUAAUUGGAAUUCAAAAACAAGUUCAGAAUUGUCUUCUUAGUUGUUGUGGUAAGUUUCAGAGAAAUCAUAAUUCAGCGACCUCGAAAACAUGGCAGUCCAACAGUGUUAAAAUAAACAGGGUUUUAUGAAAACAACAAUUGUUUCUUAAAUGUAGACAUCCCUAAAUGGAAAGCAAUUGUUCCAGUAGAAACAUGACACUGAAACAUGAGACAAGAGCUGCGUAAAGAUAUGUGAAGCUGCAUUCAUUGAUGUCUUUAUGGUCACUUUGACAGUCAAAUAAGUUUCAUUAUUGACAUGUUAUCACCCUAUAACAUUUGGUUUGUUCUAAAGGUAAAGUUGGUAAGAUUUGGUUGUGUUUCCAAACAUUGUUUCGCUCGUCACAAACUGUCUCUUUUUCUGCUAAAUGUUCCACUACGUUUACCAGCUUACAUGUGAUUGUUGCUGUUUAACAGAGAAGCUGUUGGGCAAAACCAAAACAAAGAGCUAAAAGAAGCUCAAAUGCAAAACAGCGUCGGAUGACCCCGAUUUUUCCGGAGUGCCUACAUUAAAAAAUAUUUAUCAGAGCAACUUUAAUUGUUUUCUGAUGCUCUUAAAAGGUUGUUUACUAUGAUACAAUUAUUUCCACAGCAGGAAAUAGGCCUAUUAUUUAAAAAUUAAUCCUUACCAUUAUCAUAAAAUCAAGUACGUACUAUUAGCAUAAUCUUCAUACGCAGUAAAUGCGAUAAACAAAACUAUUGCACAUUAGGCCUUUAGCAAACUAAACAAAGUUGUACUCAAAGGUUCAGUUCUGUCUUUAGCACUUUUAUGUCUUCAAAAAUGUUAUUCUGUUUUUUGUCGCCAUUCAAAUUUGUGUCCUCAGUCGGCUUUGUCGUUUCAAUGCGUUCACAUGGGAGUAUCCUGUUUUGUAUCAGACAAACUUUCCUUCCACACCAAUAUAUGCACCCUGCUUGACUCGGGUCCCUCACAAAGCGUUGAUGUUCCAGAAACUCACCCUCCUCCAUAAGUUCCCCUAGGUAACCAAACCUUUCAUCACACCCAGCACAUGACACACAGUGGAUGUGGUUGAGCGCUUUGAACAUUUUGCCCCUUUCCUUUCUUUAGUAAUGAAGCUGAGUCAGAAGAUAGGUGGCAUUCUGAUAGCUAUUAUGUUGACAGGCUCCUCAUCGGUAUGUUGUUAUGCCAAAGAUGGGAAUAUACUGUUGAGAAUCUGUAAUUGGCCUCUAUUACAUGAUUAAAUUAGACAAAUUAAAGCAUGACCAAAGAGCAUAAAUAGAAAAGCGAUGGGACAUUUUUCGAUGUGUGGGACAGUGUUUGAAGCUGCUAAAUAAGCAUCAAGAAAAAAACUAGUCCAGAUACCCUUGAUAUCCUACCUGUAAAAUAUCAUCACAUGCAUGGUCUUGUAGCGUUGAUUUUGGUGUGUGUAGUAUGUUUAGGUCUAUUAAGUGCCUGACGAUGCUUUUUUGUGGUUUAAACACUUUUUUCCAUCUUUGUGAGUGAUGCUUAAAAACUGUUUUGGUCUUUUAUUUCCUCUCUGGCACACACCACAUGUUGCUGUGAUUGUUUGCACUGUACUGAGGAGCCAUAUCACAAAGUCACAUUGCAUGUUAGUUACUGUCAUUUGGAUCCUAAAAGGUUGCAGUGUAGGUGGAUAUUGUUUCAGUUUCAGCAGGGUGUUAUAAAGAGAUUGGAAGUAAAA